UAUUCCAUGUAAAGGAUCUAGAUUUCCACCUACACUUCCACGCCCCACUGUAACAGUUCUACCAUUGAAGCUCCCUUAUUGUCAAACUAGUUCAGAAAAAGGACAAAUGGAGGAACAAUACUGGCGAUCAGUGCUAUUUCAUAAUCACUUUGACUAUCUGGCAGAAAAUGGUUAUGAAUUUGACGAAACUACGAAACACCAGGCACUAAAGGAACAGCAGGAACUACUAAUGAAAAUGUUUGCUCUGUCGUGCAGGGUAGAACGUGAAUUCCGUUGUGAAGAACUCACUGAAUUUAUGACCCAGAAAGUCUUAAAUUUGGCCAUCAAGUAUGCUUCACGUUCAAAACGUCUAACUCUUGCCCAGCGCAUUAGCAACCUAGCACAAGAGAAAGCUACAGCAUUGUUGACCGCACAAGAUAAAGAUGACUUUCAAGCUGAUCCAAAGGCUAGCAGCUAUAGAAGAACAAUAAACAAAUGGAGUUCACCACAUGUGCAACUUCCAGCUCAAAAAUCUAUUGAAAAGGAAGAAGAAUAUGAGGAAGAUGUUCAGAAUAAUGCAGAAGAAGAUGGUAACAAUGAGUUGGAUCCUGAGGAAACAGUUCAUGAAAAGAAAAGGUUAAAUCCAUUUGGUAAAAAUCUUGGUUCUGUGGAACAAAUAACUCCAAAAUCAGUAACUCUUACAAACAGCAUGCUUGCACGUGCCAAUCCCUUUAAGGUAACAUCUGGUGGAAUAUCCCCUGCGUUGGUUGGAAGUCAAGCUCGUAACACCAAUAUUCUAGAUAGCAUGGUUAAAAUUAAUAAGAAAUCAUCAACUAACAACAGCCAAUCUGCAAAUGAUGAGAAGUCACUGGUUCUAAAACCUCUGAUCUCAAAACCAAAAGCCAAACAGAUCCAAGCUACACUGUUCCAGCCAGCCAUCUCUAAAUUCAGCAGUAAAACUGAGGAAGAAAAAGCAAUUGAGGCUUGUCCUGUACAGUCAAUCAUCCCUGACAACAAAAACAGAGAAAACAAAAAGCCUAAGAAGACAGGAUUCCAGCUGUGGUUGGAAGAAAGCAGAGAAGAUAUUGUUGCUGAAAGUCCAAGUUUAUCAGAAGAAGAAAUAAUUAAGGAAGGCAUGAACAGAUUUCGAGUCCUGUCUUCUGAGGAGAGGAAGGCCUGGACGGAGAAAGCUAAAAGAAGUGGAAGCAUCGACAAUAUACCUGAUGCAGAGGAGGUUCAAAAACGCAAGCGUGUAGAAGAGCUUCGUGAAGAUGACCUAGAAAACACAGAUGAAAACUCUGAAGCACCUGGAAGCUUGGCAAAGAAACAGAAACAACAGCAUGUAUCCACAAAUUCAAGAUUGGCUGCCUUUGCCUUCACAAAGGAGUAGCAUUGCUGCAUAUUACUUGACCACAGUUUGAGCAUUUUAAUAUUUCUACCACAUUUUUGAAUUGUCAAUAGUUCUGUAGUUUAGACUAAACAAGACUAUGUACAAAUUUUUUUUAAAAAAGAUUUUCUUCUUAUUUUGCAGGCAUUUGCUAUGUAUAUUUUUCAAAGUUCACAUUAAGAAUGCAAUUUGUCCUUGAUAUUCACCCUGUACAGUGAUUUCUCUAAUUCAGCUAAAAAUUAUCUGGAGUAGAACAAAAACUUUUUUUUUAAAUGACAAGUCACACUUUUAGGUGUAAUUGCCAAAGAUCUAAGUGCUGGUUAUUUAUCUCUAAUAUUUGACUGGAAUGGUGGAGAGCACAAUAGUGAAGAAUGGAGGUACAGCUGGUGGACAGGAUGGAAAUAUAAAUAAAUCAAAUUAACUUUUAUCAAAAUAACAUUUUGGAAACACAUUUUCUUUGUUGUAAAUCAUAACCUGAGGAUUUUAACAGUUUAGUAGUGAACUUUAAUAAGGUGAACUCUGAAAACUUUAAUGGGGAUGUAUAGAUAAAUUAUGAAUUCAGUGGAAUGCAAUUUUGAAAAAGCUGCUGCUCUUGGCAGUUGCUGCCAAUUAGUUUAGUUACUUCCAGUUAUUUGUCCACUUCUUGCAAAGAAGCGUAGGUCAAAAUCUUCACAGGUUUCCAUGUUUUAUAAUUAUAUUUUCAUGUAUAUUUAUCACAAGAUAUUAGAUUUUGUUCAGCAUAAGUUUUCAUUUUUAAGUUUGAAUUUUAAAUGUGUGUUUUAUAGGAAUUAAACUUGAUCUAUGUUGAGUAUUUGUAUUUCUCAUUAAUCUGAUGUAAGGUUUGAAGAGUAGUACAGUGUAUUAAAAUGAAAAUAUAUCUGACUGAAAAGGAGAGAAAUAGCAAAGGUUCAAUUUGGAUAUGAGCCAUCUUUUUGGUUCUCCAUCAUUUAG